CAUCUACUUAAAGAGAAUGACUGGAAUACUUCAGCUGUUGUUACUGGUCAGCGUGACCAUGGCCUCCGAACCAUCGUGUCCAGCGUGCUCCAAAUACGACUACGAAGAAAAGGUGCUCGAGAGAAUGAUUCGCAUGGAGUUCGCUUUUGAGAAUGUGUUAAAGGAAAACAAGGCUGUGAGCAAAACUGUCGAGGAAGAUCUAACGCGGAUCAAAGAAGAAAACGAACGUUUACACGCGACCGUUGAUGCCCUUAAGAAUCAACAAGAGCAAGCAGAACGCAGACUGGUUUCGCUCAUGGAGGAAGUUGAGAGAAACCAGUCCAGCACACUGGAGAAGAUAGUUUCCGAUUCUAACACUACGUUAGAACAAACUAUUGCCGCCUUCAAUGUAAUAAAAGACCCAAUCGCUUCUCCACUGGUAUACUUUCACGUCCGCUCUCCACAGACCAGCAGCCUGUCCACAGGUGAGAUGAUAGUUUACAAGACAGUGGAGACCAACCACGGAAGCGGCUACAGCUCCACCACUGGCAAGUUCACAUCUCCAGUACGGGGACUCUACUUGUUCUUCAUGCACACAUGUACGGCUCCAAACAAAUAUGCUUUUCUCACGAUAGUGAAGGAAGGCUCAGUCCUGAUUGCAAGUGUACAUUAUGAUAAGGACUAUUAUACAUGUUCUAGUAGUCAGGUGUUUGUACAGCUUGAUGCCGAGGAAACUGUCUGGGUACAAUGCUCCAAUGGGGGCUCGAACAUACAACUGUAUGAGCAGCAUCCUUACCGUUGGUCCAGUUUUGGCGGUGCUCUCAUUCACAACUGACGUUCUUCAUGAAACGCCAAAAAGCAGAAAGAUAAAUGCAAGUUGGAGUAAAUUUCGCAGUGAUAAAUGAGUUAUAUUAAAAUCAAAAUAUGAUCAUUACGCGAAUUAUUUGUGUUAGCAUUUACCGCUAGUUAAAAAUAUUUUAGAUAGUGUCUGUGUAUACCGCUUGUAUGCUAUGUUAUUUAUAUUGAGAAUACUUUUGAAAUGGAAUUACAUUUGUAUUUUAACUAAGAAAGCUCUAUUCACAUGUUGAAUGUUUGCCGACUCAAAAUAAAACAUUAUUCUGUAUCGUGUAUCAUCAAUCCGUUGUUUUAAAGAUUUUUUCCAGAAUAAAUCAGUUAUUUUGUGAGUGUGUGUAUAUAUGUAUUUGGUAAUGUUAAAUGAUAUACGUACAAAAUAUACUCAUAAAUCAGUGUGAA